GCGCAUGCGCUGUGGAUCUUGCUCGCACACACGACUUUGUCAGAAUUUAGCGGCGCUAACGUGCUAAACCUAACCUGAGCUAGCUCCGUGGUCACACGCGUGUUUUCAUUUUAAAAGCGGCUGGAUCGUGAAAACUCAGCGUGUUACCAAACUCUGCCAGAACGUGAACCAAGGGGGGCUGAUAUCCAUCCCUCAACUUCCCAGGGAUCCCUCAGCCUGCCCUGAUGAGGGCCGAGCAGGAUGGAGACAUCCUCGAAGAGGACUCCCCUCAGGAUAAUGGAAUCGAGACGAACCGGUACAGCUCCAUCUCUCCUCCUGCCUCACCUGUGGUCCAGGAAGAGCCCUUCACCACAUACUUUGAAGACAAGGUGCCAAUUCCUGAGAGCACCAACCAGGUCUUCAGUUUCCGUAAACUCUGGGCCUUCACUGGACCAGGGUUUUUGAUGAGUAUCGCUUACUUGGAUCCAGGGAACAUUGAGUCUGACCUGCAGUCUGGAGCUAAAGCUGGCUUCAAGCUUCUAUGGGUGCUCCUGUUAGCCACCAUUAUCGGGCUGCUGUUGCAGAGGUUAGCUGCACGCCUCGGGGUCGUAACAGGGAUGCACCUGGCUGAAGUCUGUAACCGCCAGUAUCCUACAGUUCCUCGGAUCAUCCUUUGGUUGAUGGUCGAGUUGGCCAUUAUUGGCUCAGACAUGCAGGAGGUCAUCGGCUGUGCCAUUGCUCUCAACCUCCUCUCUGUGGGCAGGAUCCCACUGUGGGGAGGAGUCCUCAUCACCAUCACAGACACAUUUGUCUUCCUCUUUCUUGACAAAUAUGGCCUGAGGAAACUUGAGGCUUUCUUUGGCUUUCUUAUCACUGUAAUGGCAAUAAGCUUUGGUUACGAGUAUAUUCUGGUAAAGCCAGACCAAGGGAAGCUGCUGACAGGGAUGUUUGUACCGUACUGUGCCGGCUGUGGGCCUGUGCAGCUGGAGCAGGCUGUGGGAAUUGUAGGUGCUGUCAUCAUGCCCCACAACAUCUACCUGCACUCGGCGCUGGUAAAGUCUCGGGAGAUUGACCGCAAGAACAAGAAGGAUGUAAAAGAAGCCAACAAGUACUUUUUCAUCGAGUCAACGGUCGCUCUGUUCAUCUCUUUUCUCAUCAACGUCUUUGUCGUGGCGGUUUUUGCUGAGGCCUUCUAUGAUAAGACAAAUAUCCAAGUGCAUGAAGAGUGCAACGCAACUGGCAGUCCUCACACAGAUCUCUUCCCAAUGAACAAUAACACAUUGGAGGUGGACAUCUACAAAGGGGGAGUGGUCCUCGGCUGUGUCUUUGGCCCUGCAGCUCUCUACAUCUGGGCCAUAGGGAUCCUGGCAGCUGGACAGAGUUCCACUAUGACAGGCACUUACUCUGGGCAGUUUGUCAUGGAGGGUUUCCUGAACCUGCGAUGGUCCCGUUUUGCACGGGUGCUGCUGACCCGCUCCAUUGCCAUCACGCCAACUUUGCUGGUAGCCAUUUUUCAGGACGUUCAGCAUCUGACAGGCAUGAAUGACUUUCUCAACGUGCUUCAAAGCAUGCAGCUUCCAUUUGCUUUGAUCCCAAUUCUGACCUUCACCAGUCUGACAUCCAUAAUGAACGACUUUGCAAAUGGAUUGGUGUGGAAGAUUUCCGGGGGCAUCGUCAUCCUGGUGGUUUGUGCAAUCAACAUGUACUUUGUGGUGGUUUAUGUGACAGCACUGAACAGCGUGCUUCUCUACGUCCUCGCGUCUCUCCUCUCCGUAGCCUAUCUGUGCUUCGUAGGCUACCUGGCUUGGCACUGUCUGGUUGCUUUGGGGGUUUCCUGCCUGGACUUUAGCAGCAGGGUAAGAAAGCGACCUGCUCUGUUGAUAGAGGAGCAGUCAGAGUACGACUCCUAAAGCUGGACAGGACAGUAACCACCAGCAUUCUUCUGUCCUGUCGGAGACUCUGAGCCCUGUACACAACCGGGACUUUCUCGAGAUCACAUAGGAUCUUUAAAAGCACAUUUUCUGCUAAUGUCACAUGUUUGCUUUUGUGUUGGACUGGGUAUGGAAGUUUGUUGCAUAUUAGAAAAUUAAAUCAAACUUUCUACUACCACACCAGCGCAGUAUGUGAGGUGUGAAUAAUUGAUGCUUGAGUUAACCUCUAAGGACAUAUAUGUGCAUAUUUUGACAAAUCAAUAAUUGUUGCAAUCCUCAAAGACAACAACUGUCGCUACAUUUGCUUUUAAGUGUUUAUACAACAAACAGUAUAACUCCAUUUCUAAUUCAUGUAAUUAUCAGUUUCUUUAAAUAACAACUUCCAGACUUUUUCAAAAGUAAAAUGUCCUAGAUGUCAAGAAAUAGCAGCUCAGCUUGUGUUACCAAACUGUCCCUGAGAGGAUAUGUUCCCAGCAGUGUUUGUGUUGUCACAAACUUAAGCAGUUGUUAGUUGGAUAACAGAGUUUUAUAUAGAUGAUCCAGUGAUUUUUAGACUCUAGCUACUUUAUGUGAAGUAAAACAGUAGCCACAAUGUCUGGGACAUACUGCUGCAAAUCUGUAAAACAAGUUUAAAGUCCAGCUGCCUGUGAAAGGACCAUAGACUGUAUAUAAAGAUGGAAAACAUGACUGUUCCCCUAAAGUGAAGCCAAAGCACAUCAAUAGACCCUUGGUGACUGGCUGCAUUAUAGAUCUUAAACUCCACCUCGUCUAUGUUAGUAAGUAGGACAUGGACCAAAAUAAAAAGUCCAAGUACAUAUUAAGUAAUUGGCUUCUGUCAUUUUGUAGUUCUUAUCACACUGAUGUUUGUUCAAGUGUUAUUUUUCUGAUAAGUCUGGUUUUGAUUAGUUAUUUCAUGCUAUAAAAACGGGGUGAAACGUCAUGAUUAACAGCUGAAUUUCUAACGACUUAAUUUCUGGAAAGUGUGAGGAGGUGGAGCCUCAUCGUCCAUCUUUAUAUACAGUCAGUGGGGAGUGCCAGAGCAGCAAAGGAAACACAAUAUAAACAUAAUACAAUUUAGUUUUUAUUUUUCAUUAAAAAAACAUUAUUAUAAUACAGUAUUAUUUUUCCAA